AUGGAGGAGACAGAUAUUGGGCAACAUGUAGUAAAUGUCUCAAAACAGGCUGAUAUAUCUCCAAUGGAUAAGAGCAGGAAUACAAGGAAAGGUAGGAAAGCUAAGAAUAGUGGAGAGGCUAAAACUAUCAAAACUAUGUCAAAAAGGAGUACAGCAGCAUCAAAAAACUUGGAGGAAAUUCCACCUUCAAGGAUAUUACCAAAGAGGAAUGAUAGAGGUAAAGUUAUUAUCACAACCUUGGUUUAUGCAAAAUGUGAUGCUGCUGAAAGACUUCUUCUUUGGGAUAACACUUACAGUUUGUCUAGUAAUAUGACCUUUCCAUGGUUGAUUGGUGGAGACUUUAAUGUCAUUAUGAAUGAGGAGGAGAAAAUUGGAGGUUUACCAGUAUAUCCAAAUGAAUAUGAAGACUUUGCUUUUUGCAUGAUUUCCUGUGAAUUGAAUGAAGUGGAAUUUAGAGGUAGUCCUUUUACUUGGUGUAAUGGCAGAGAUUGGUUUAGAACUUUGAGCAUGGAGCAUUUCUCUAGAACUGGAUCAAAUCAUGCACCUCUAUUGUUAUUAGCUGGUGAACAGGUUCAACCAUUUCAUAAGCAUUUCAGAUUUUUAAAGUUCUGGUUAGGGCAAGACUCAUUUAUGCAAGUAGUGGAAGAUUUCUGGAAAAUAGAUUACUUGGGUGAUCCUUUUGUCACUUUUAAGUUGAAAAUGAAGAAGUUAACAAUUAGGGAAGAUAUUGCUAAGAUAAAGGAGCAACUGUUUGAGGAAUUCUCUUCAGAAGGGAACAGAAUGGCCAGACGAAAAAGAUUACAUCUGUCAAGAAUUCAAAAUGCAGAAGGAGAAUGGAAAGAAGAUGAUGAUCAAAUUGCAGAAGCAGCUAUUGACUUUUACCAAAGUCAAUUCACUGAAGAAGAGACUUCUCAAGAUUGUAGAUUGUUAGAUGUGAUUUCUCCUAAAGUGACUCAGGAGCAGAAUUCUUUGCUAAGUGCUAUGCCAACCUUGGAAGAAGUGAAAAAAGUUGUUUUUGCAUUAUCAGGUGAUAGUGCUUGUGGACCUGAUGGUUUUUCAGGCAUCUUUUAUCAGAAGUGUUGGAAUAUUGUUGGAGCAGAUGUGUAUAAUGUAGUGAAAGCUUUCUAUGAGGGUCAGACUCUUCCUAAAUAUGUCAUUCAUAUAAACUUGGUUUUACUACCAAAGAAAUCUUUCAUCAACACUUUUUCUGAUUUAAGACCAAUCAGUCUCAGUAAUUUCAUCAACAAGGUGAUUUCUAGAGUGAUCCAUGAUAAACUAGAAUCAGUCUUACCUACCUUAUUCUCUGCUAAUCAAUCUGGAUUCUUAAAAAGGAGAAACAUCAUUGUGAAUGUGUUACUUACUUAA